UCCUUCUCCUUUCCGAUCACUGUCUGGGGGAGGGUUUGUCGCCCGCCGGGAGGUAGUGUGAAGGGGAUGGACGGGUUUCCCGCUCAGGCUCUGGUUCGGGCUCCUCUCCGUAGGUGCCUCCCUGGGUGCUCGCGAAAGCAGCCCUGAGAAUGGCAGCUCUCAGAGAUUGAAGUCAUUAUUUUCCGGGGACGGGGCACGGCAACUGUUUGAUUUGGGGGAGCAAAUGCGAUCUCUGACCUACUAGACUUGUUUUCCCGCAAUUUCACAAACAGCCUCACUAGAGGAAUGUGCAAGGACGGAAGGAAAACUGUGAGGAGCCUGUGGCUCAUUAGCGAAAUAAUAGGGUGCACUUAAAUAAAAAUACGGUCUUGAAGUGGAGUGGACUCGCUGUCCAGGAGUCCGGAAAUUCAACAGGGACGGCAGCAAAAUACUAUCAACUCAGCCUGGGAAGCAGCUUUUCACUCAGCAAGUUCAAGAGAACAACUAUGUUACAAGCCUUGCCUAUUCCUUCCUCCACUUCAUAAUGUCAUAAAAGGCAUCACCUUGGGUAUCAUUUAUCAACCUCUCUCCAGGCUUCUCUUCCAAAACAACACUACAGUUUCCUACAUGUGUAUUUUUGCCAGGACUGCAAAGAGCCUUGCUAAAGUGGAACAAGGAGUAGAGAAUUGAACUGUGAAAAAGAAGCCCGAGAUCACCCAGCGAAAUGGUGUUGCAGCCCCUGUGGAAGAGUCAACUUGCAGGCUGUUAAAGACCUCAAGUCAUUAGCAUCAGCUGCUGCACUAAAGGGGCAAGUCAGCGCCUCUAAGUGGCUUAGCACACAAACGAGGCUCCCGAGACAGCCUCUGCAACUCCAUCUCCUCCUCCUCCUCUACCCGCUAGAUGUGAAAGCUUUCCGGAGCCCAUCUUGCCCCCAAUCUAUUUCUCCCCAUCUCUCCCUCUCUCUCUCUUCUCUUUAGGACGGCAACACCAAUACCUCUUGACAUGGAAAUACACUGAUACAAUAGGCAAAAAGAAACACUGGAUUGCGCAUCUUCCCGGUUCCAGGUGGCCUUAUUUGGGAGAUUCUAUACUGACCUUAUUCCUGUGAUGGAGGAUACGGGCAUCCAGCGAGGCAUCUGGGAUGGAGAUGCCAAGGCUGUCCAACAAUGUCUGACAGAUAUUUUUACCAGCGUUUACACCACCUGUGACAUCCCUGAGAAUGCUAUAUUUGGUCCCUGUGUCUUGAGCCAUACUUCCUUAUAUGACAGCAUAGCUUUCAUAGCUCUCAAGUCUACUGACAAGAGAACGGUACCUUAUAUCUUUCGGGUAGACACCUCAGCAGCAAAUGGUUCCUCAGAAGGUCUCAUGUGGCUGCGAUUGGUCCAAUCGGCCAGAGAUAAGGAAGAGCAGAACCUUGAAGCCUAUAUAAAAAACGGACAGCUGUUCUACCGCUCUCUCCGCAGGAUUGCCAAAGACGAGGAAUUAUUAGUUUGGUACGGGAAAGAACUGACUGAGUUACUCUUGCUCUGCCCCUCUAGAUCCCACAACAAAAUGAAUGCAGGGUCGUCCCCUUACACAUGCCUGGAAUGCAGCCAACGUUUCCAGUUUGAGUUCCCCUAUGUGGCGCAUCUGCGUUUCCGCUGCCCCAAGAGACUUCACAGCGCUGAUAUAAGUCCCCAAGACGAACAGGGCGGCGGCGUGGGCACCAAGGACCACGGGGGCGGCGGCGGCGGCGGCGGUGGCAAAGACCAGCAGCAGCAGCAGCAGCAGCAGCAGCAGCAGCAGCAGGAGGCGCCUUUAGGCCCGGGUCCCAAGUUUUGCAAAGCUGGCCCCCUCCACCACUACCCAGUCCCCUCCCCCGAGAGCAGCAACCCACCCGCUGCCGCCGGCGGCAGCAGCGCGAAGCCAUCCACGGACUUCCACAACCUGGCCAGGGAGCUGGAAAACUCCCGGGGAGGCAGCAGCUGCUCCCCAGCACAGAGCCUCAGCAGCGGUAGCAGCAGCGGCGGCGGCGGCCACCAGGAGGCGGAGCUGAGUCCCGACGGCAUCGCCACCAGCGGCGGCAAAGGAAAGAGGAAAUUCCCGGAGGAGACGGCGGAGGGCGGCGCUGGCGCGGGGUUGGUAGGCGGCCGGGGCCGCUUCGCAGAGCGGCCCCUCCCGGCCUCCAAGGAGGAUCUGGUGUGCACGCCGCAGCAGUACCGAGCCUCGGGCAGCUACUUCGGCCUGGAAGAGAACAGCCGCCUCUUCGCGCCGCCCAGCCCCGAGACGGGCGAGGCGAAGCGCAGCGCCUUCGUGGAGGUGAAGAAGGCAGCCCGGGCGGCCGGCCUGCAGGAAGAGGGGACCGCCGACGGCGGGGGCGUCGCCGCCGAGGACCAGGACUCUGGCAGCGGCGGCGGCUCCUCCACGCCCGCGGCCCCGUCGCCGGUGGGCGCCGAGAAGCUGCUGGCCCCGCGGCCCGGGGGCCCGCUGCCUAGCCGGCUGGAGGGCGGCAGUCCUGCGAGGGGCAGCGCCUUCACUUCGGUGCCGCAGCUGGGCAGCGCGGGAAGCACCGGCGGUGGCGGCAGCACGGGCGCCGGAGCUGCAGGCGGCGCGGGCGGGGGUCAGGGCGCUCCGUCGGACGAGCGCAAAAGCGCCUUCUCACAGCCAGCGCGCUCCUUCUCGCAGCUCUCCCCGCUGGUGCUGGGCCAAAAGCUGGGCGCGCUCGAGCCGUGUCACCCUGCCGACGGCGUGGGCCCCACCAGACUCUACCCCACCGCCGCGGACCCUCUAGCAGUGAAGCUCCAGGGGGCCGCGGACCUGAAUGGAGGUUGCGGGUCCCUGUCGAGCGGUGGCGGCGGCCUGCCCAAGCAGAGCCCCUUCCUGUACGCCACCGCAUUCUGGCCCAAGAGCUCCGCCGCCGCUGCAGCCGCGGCUGCGGCGGCGGCCGCCGGGCCCUUGCAGCUGCAGCUGCCCUCGGCGCUCACGCUGCUGCCGCCCUCCUUCACCUCGCUGUGUCUGCCCGCGCAGAACUGGUGCGCCAAGUGCAAUGCCUCCUUCCGCAUGACCUCCGACCUGGUGUACCACAUGAGGUCGCACCACAAAAAGGAAUAUGCGAUGGAGCCCUUGGUGAAGCGGCGGCGAGAGGAGAAACUCAAGUGCCCCAUCUGCAACGAGUCCUUCAGGGAGCGCCACCACCUCUCCAGGCACAUGACCUCGCAUAAUUGACUCCGAAAGGACCCCAGCUUUCCACGCGCGCGCACGCACAGUCAAGCCACCUGCAGGAAUAAACACGCGAGAACAUCCACCGCUUCCUUGCACCCCAAAAUAGUGCACACAGACACAUACAUCACCCCCACACUACACAUGUCCUCCGCUCCCAGGAACCUCAUUAAGAUAUUUAUCCAGGACACACACACACACACACACACACACACACACACACACACACCAGGAUGGUGGAUUUUUGAUUGGAUGGGUUGUUUGUGGGAGUUUUCUUUUGAAUGCACGCAUUUUCACUUUCCCCAAAACAAAGGUACAUUUUUAAAAAUGUCAUAUAUUGCAACAUAUUGAUGCAUUUGUCAUACGUUUCUACUUAAAUUAUUAAGCACUUACAGUUUAGAUGUAAUAAUUAUAUGUAAGGGCAAAAUUUAUUUUCGAUAUAAAGGAGGAGGGUGAGAUGCUUUGCAUUUCUUGAUCGUUUGUGUUCUUACAAAAAUAAACAAAAUGAAUAAAAAGGGGUCGCCAUUAAAUUUGAGUUUCCAGGGGGAAGUGCAUGUAUAAUGAUAUAAUUAUGGACUUCAAUGAAGAAUGUCAUCAAUUAUGUAAAUAUGUAUUUCCUUUUAAUACAAAGUGUAAUUUUGUGCCAGUGAAAUGGAGUCUGAAUAGUUAUGUGUUUCCUUUAUCCCUGGAAAUAUUUAUUAAACUUUAUAGUUUAUCUGA